CGAACUAUGUUGAGCGAGAGAGCGACCCGGAGCUGUCGCCGCUGACGGGGGACAGGAUGCCGGUGCCGCUGGCUCCGUUGACGCCGCCUGAAUCGGGAAAAGAUUUGGACGUGAUGGUCUCAACGCCUGAUGCCGGUGGUCGCGGCAGCUUCAGCUUGAACACAUUGGGCAGUGGCGUGGUGAAUAGUGGCUCUAAUGCCUUGCCCGGCAUUCUGUACAGCUGCCUGCUGGAGGAGCAGGACAACACGAUGGAUGAGAUUUUGUACCUGGGCACGUUCACGAUGGGUGGGCGAUCCCUGGCGAGUCGACGUAUGAGUGCCAAUGUGGCGCUGUGGAAGUGGCGAAUCUUCAUGCUGACGACGGCGGAGCUGCUGUGCUUCAAGGCCACAGGAUCGAUUAGCGAUGAUGACUCAGCUCCGUUGUCGGCGAUGGCGCUGGGCGAGGUGCGAUCGUCGGUUCACCUGUCGGAUAUUUUGCACAUCGAAGUGAACGACCAAUUCCCGCGUAUUCUCACUGUGAUCCGAUCGGACGGCCGGGUGUUCCGUGUGCGUGCGCGCACCCCAGAGCAGUGCACGGAGAUCGCGGCGGCACUACGCAAAGCAAUGCAGCUCUUCCAAGACGCCCUAUUCAAGCUGCAGCGUGGCCCUCAGCCUGAGGACAACUCCAUCAGUUGCGUCACCGUCCAGCACGAGUCGUCGCUCCCCGAGUCGAUCGUCAUCAGCAACCCUGCUGUUGGCGAAGCUUUCCAAGUGGAGAUGUAUCCCUCGAGUAUUCUCCGAUUCUACGUGAACGGUCCUUCUGCUAAUGGAACCGCGCUCUACUCGUGCGAAAUGCUUACUCGCGGGAAGAAGGAGGUUGCUGUAGAAGCCGAACCGUUAGGGAACGGUCCACGCGACGACCAUGUACUGCAUGUUGCCGUGAAGUCGGAGAAGACUUCGGGCAGCCUGGAAGACUCGGACGAGACAAAUCGUCGUUUCUGGGGUCUUACGUCGUUCCUGGCAGCGGUUGCGGCCGUCAUGAACUCGAUGGACAACGGCUCGUUCGAACUGCUGGCGUGGCUGUCGGCUCUCGUUCUUUUCCUCACCCGCUUCCACGAACGUAUCAGCGUGUUGCUCACGACUAGGAGAUUUUCCCGCGCGCAGCAGUUGCGCGUCGAGUGUGUCAGCAUCACGAUGGGCAAGAGUGAAGGCUCAUUGGAGGGCGAUGAUGACGAGCACGGCGAAGAGAAGGGUGAGGUGAACACUCGCUUCUUGGCCGGCUGUGAAGGCGAUGUCGAGGAAGCAAAGGAGCGUUAUGCUGCCACGAUGAAGUGGCGGAAGGAGAACGACGUGGAUACGAUUUUGAUGCGUCCGUCGCACGUGUUCACCGACAUGAAGGAGUGCUUCACGCACUUUUUGCACAAAAAGGAUCGACAGGGUCACCUCAUCUCGUACGAGUUUCUUGGCGGUCAACGGAAGGCGCUACACGAUUUCACGGCUCGUGGAGUUACUGAACUCGAGGCUAUUAUGCACCACGUGCGCAUGAUGGAGUUUAUGUGGAAUGUUGUCGACCCGCGAGAGUUUCCCGAUGGCAACAUGCUCAAAAUCUAUGAUAUCAAGGGCAUUUCCAUGGCCGACAUGUCCAGCGAUGUGGUCAACUACACGAAAAAAUGGGGCGAGGUGAUUGCCACUUACAACCCUGAACGUGUGUACCAAGUGUUCAUCAUCAACCCGCCAGCUUGGUUCAACCUCAUCUGGAAGCUUGUCUCGCCACUCGUCAACCCCAAGACGCGCGAGCGUAUUCACGUACUACGCGGGCAAAAAGACAUCACAAAGGCACUGCUGGAGUUUGUUGCCCCGGAGAACCUACCGAAGGAAUACGGUGGUGAGUGCCAGUGUGAAGGCGGGUGCUUCACCCACUCACCAGAAGAGAAUGACAUUCGUGAGUGGACGGAGUUCGUCAACGCCAACUACCAUGGCGACGUUAACGACCCCGUCCUCGUCGAAGCGUUCGAUAAACUCCGCGGCAAGUAUCAGAAGCAGCUUCCACCCCCGGGCUCCAACACCGUCGCACCAGCAUUACCGAAUGGUACUCUGCCAUGAGCUGUUCACACGAAGUAUCAGCUUUAGCUAGCUAAUUAUUCACAUAGCCUUACUCUGAAGUGACUCGCACUCACGCGCAAGUCGGAACUAAAUGAUUACACAAACUUAGUUGCUGUUGUUGCUGUCUUCGAGGUGCAUGAGGUCAACUAGGUGGCGGAGAGUAGGGCGCCUGUAGAAAGAGAUAAAAAAGCUCGUGAGAACCCACGCUAUGGCCAAAUACCAGCAGUACGCUUACCCAUGCGGACAAUUCCAAGGUUGAUCCAGGCCAGACAGGUUGCGAACAAUCUGCGCACAACGAUGGUAAGCACGAAAGCAAACCACUAUCUAUUCCUACGCCACAUACCUUCUGCAUUUCUUCCUUGUGAAGAGCAGUACCAAUCAUGAUCGAGCUUCUGCACGCUCGCGACGCAAACAUUGCCAUUACCUUGGGCAGGCGAAUAGUGGUCGGAUUAAGCGGAGCGUCCAUCAGUAGCGAUGCUAGUUCCCGAAUGUCUGUUGUCAAAACACGAAGCUACAGUGAAUACUUGAAGAACUCGCAGCAAUCAUAACUGUGGUGACUUACCUUCGGUACCAAACUGCGUGUGCUUGGUGAAUGGCAAUGAGAGCAGCUUCAAUUUUUUUGUUGCAGGGGCAUCUUUAUCUACCAAAAAGGUGAAUCCAUUCUUGGCGAAGACAUCCAGAUGGUCCAAUAUGACCAUUUCUUCGCCGGCCGUCAGCUCCAGUAUCAGCGGUCGGACGAGAGGCUGCUGGUGCAUCACCGUCGUCUGCUGCAACGUUUCAUAGUUGAAUUUUUCAUCGCUUGCAUGCUGGUCGAUGAUGAAAAGAUCAUUAUCGAGCUUGCCGAUAAUAAAUCCAAGGUUGAACUGUCCGAGAACCUGCAUCCG